ACAUAUGUAUGUAUGUAUAAAUAGAAGCUUAAAACCUCAAAUUUACUCAAAAGCUAACAAAUAAUAAUAAUUUCAUUUAAUAGUUUGAAAAACUCUUGAUCCAUGGAUAGUUCCAAAGGGCCUUCAGAAGAAGCUAAGAAUGUUGAUGUUUACACAGCCAAAGGUCUCCUUAGUAUCGGAUAUCGGUAUCUAGAUGUAAGGACAACGGAGGAAUUCGAAAAAGGACAUGUUGAAGGUGCUCUCAACAUCCCUUAUAUGUUCACGGCUCCAGAAGGGCGAGUGAAGAAUCCUGACUUCAUAGACCAAGUUUUGGAAGUUUGCAACAAGGAUGAUCACUUGGUCACAGCUUGCAAUGCUGGUGGUCGAGGCCGGAAAGCAGCAAUUGAUCUGCAGCAUAUAGGAUUUGAGCAUGUUGCAAAUAUUGAAGGGGGAUACUCAGCCUGGGUAGAUGCCGGAUUUGCUGGUGAUAAUGCAGAGAAAUUAGCUUGCAAAUCACGUCCUUAAAAUUUCUCUAUUUCUUUAUUCUGUAUCAACUUUUGACUAGUAGUGAUUCCUCAUGUGCACCAUAUUUCGCUUUACUUAAUUCUGUAUUAACUUAUUCUUGAUGUAAGUUUCCCUGUUCUCCAUAAUUUUAAGUUUUAACAAUUGCUUGUUUUUGAGCAAGGAUUAUGGUA